AAAGGCCAAAACCUAGGAAGAAACCAGCCUAUAAGGGUCAGGGUCAUGAUAAACACGGCAGAGUAUGGCAACGUCGUGGGAGCUGUCAGUCCAGACAUCAGGAGGCCAGAGGAGCUGUCCCUGCUGAAGCCUCCAGAUAACCCGCCCAAGAAGAAGAAGAUGAAGAAAGACAAGAACCCAGCGCUGGAAGAUAUCUUAGAUAUGGACAUCUUCAAUGGAGGCUCUGGGAGAACGGGCAGUCCCUUGUACAGUAAGACCAUGGUGCCCACCUAUGACCCAGAGAAUGGGACUCCAGCCUCGGCCACCAGCUUAUGGUUUGGGGACAACCCCUGAGAGCUGGCCAAGAUGUACCAGCAGUUGUCCAUGGUGGACAAAGCCAUCAUCAACGCAGGGUGGCUGGACUCCUCCCGCUCCUUGAUGGAACAGGGCAUCGGAGAACAUGACAGACUGCAGCUACGCUUCAAAUACCACUGCUUCUUCGACCUCAACCCAAAGUAUGAUGCUGUGAGGAUAACCCAACUGUAUGAGCAGGCUCGCUGGUCCAUCCUACUGGAGGAGAUCAACUGCACUGAGGAGGAGAUGCUCAUGUUCGCCUCCUUACAGUAUCACAUAUGUAAGAUGACCAUUUCCACGGAACCUCUGGACUUCUCCAAUGAACCGGAGAUAGAUGAAGUAGAGGUUGCCUUAUCCAAUCUAGAGGUCACACUUGGAGGAAAAACAGACAGAAUAUUGGAAGACAUCACAGACGUUCCAAAGCUGGCAGACUCCCUCAAGCUGUUCAGGCCUAAAAGGCUGGCAUUGCGUUCAUAUAAGGAGUACUGGUUCGUGUUUAAAGACACCACCAUCUCCUACUACAAGAACAAAGAGACAGCCAGCGGAGAGCCGAUAGAACAGCUGCAUCUCCGAGGAUGUGAGGUGGUCCCUGACGUCAAUGUGACGGACAAGAAGUUUGGCAUCAAGCUGCUGCUCCCAGUGGCUGAUGGGAUGAACGAGGUCUACAUCCGCUGUGACAGCGAGACGCAGUAUGCCAAGUGGAAGGCAGCGUGUACUCUGGCCUCCAAGGGCAAGACCAUGGCUUACAGCUCCUACAGGUCGGAGGUGAAGAACAUCCAGUCGUUCCUGCAGAUGAAGAGUCUGGCGCCCCCCCCUGGUCAGUCUGCUCCAGACCUGGAUGCCAUGGAGAUGAACGCUGAGUGCUUUGUCUCUCCUAGAUACACCAAGAGGUACAAGACCAAACAGCUGACAGAGAGGAUCCUGGAGGCCCAUCAGAACAUUGCCAGUCUCUCUCUCAAUGAAGCUAAAAUGCGCUUCAUCCGUGCCUGGCAGUCCCUGGCUGAGUUUGGUAUCAAAUACUACAUUGUCAGGUUCCGAGGCAGUAAGAAGGAUGAGCUGAUGGGUAUCUCCUAUAACCGUCUGAUCCGUAUUGACAUGUCCACUGGCCUGCCUGUCACCACCUGGAGAUUCGCCAACAUGAAACAGUGGAAUGUCAACUGGGAGAUCAGACAGGUGGCCAUAGAGUUUGACCAUAAUGUGUCGAUAGCCUUCUCCUGUGUGAGCUGUGACUGUAAGGUGGUCCAUGAGUACAUAGGAGGAUACAUCUUCCUCUCAACACGUUCCAAAGACCAGAACGAGACACUGGAUGAGGAACUCUUCCACAAACUCACUGGAGGGCAGGAAUGAACCCUGGUCAUCAGCUUUCACUUAGUGCUGCUGGCAAGAAAUCAUUUAAAUGCAUUGUUGAUAUGGUUUUGCAGACUACAUCAAUUAUUUGUUCAUAUUGUAAAUUGCAGAGAAAAGUAGAAUGUCUUUGUCACUAUAUUUCAUCCCAAGACCAUCUCUACAGGAUGGGUAGACCAUCUCUACAAGGCCACUUUGUCUGACGGUCUGGCCUACUGCUUUGAUUCCAUGUUCCAUCUGCAGAGACAGCAAUUAAUUCAGCACAUGAGCUUUACAUCUUGUCACUUGUUUGAUUUGGUGUAGCCCAGUCUUUGAAUUCAAUGUUGUCGGCUACUUUCACAAUCAAUAUACGUUCAUUGCUUUGUUUUAUACAUGUUACUUGUUUGAUGUUUUAGAAUGUAACUUUUUUGCAAUUUUAUUAACAAGUCCAAAAUACCUGUAUAAUUCAGAGAGAGUUCUGGUGGUGGGGUUAUUAUCUUGUUGAAGGAGACAUUUGUUUUCAGAGAAAACACUGGAAUUUCUGCUGACUGAGAUGCACUGAAAUAAACUUGAGAAACAUG